CGAGGAGGAAGAGGUUGGCAGGGUGCCCGUGGAGAAGCUUCUAGAAGCAGCCAGCCAGCCAUGGGGGACUCCAGCGGGUCGGUGUCCAUCGACGUGGAGCGGAUCUACUUCGGCGGCAAGGAGCAUCCUGUGAGGACGAGAUACGGCUCUGUAUCUGUUUCUGUGUACGGAGACGAAGACAAGCCGGCUCUCAUAACAUACCCGGAUGUAGCUCUAAAUUACAUGUCUUGCUUCCAAGGAUUGUUCUUCUGCCCAGAGGCUGCGUCACUGUUGCUUCACAAUUUCUGUAUUUACCAUAUCACUCCUCAAGGCCAUGAGUUGGGAGCAGCUCCAAUUCCAUCAAAUGAACCUGAGCUAUCUGUUGAUAAGCUCGCGGAUCAGGUCGCGGAUGUUCUUGAUUUCUUCGGUUUAGGGUCUGUGAUGUGUCUUGGUGUCACCGCUGGUGCCUACGUGCUUACCCUCUUUGCAACAAAGUACCGGGAAAGGGUUCUUGGCCUUAUGUUGGUUUCACCUCUAUGCAAAGCCCCAUCUUGGAGUGAGUGGUUGUACAAUAAGGUAUUGUUAAACCUGCUCUAUUAUUGUGGGACCAGUGGGCUGGUGAAUGAAUGCCUGCUUCAGCGGUAUUUUAGCUCGGAAGUUCGAGGGAGUGGACAGGAGCCUGAAUCAGAGAUUGUGCAAGCGUGUCGAAGUUUGCUUGAUCAGAGGCAGGGAGUUAAUGUAUGUCGAUUCCUUAAAGCAAUAAACGAGAGGCAUGACUUGACUGAAGCACUGAAGAAACUUCAGUGCCGGACACUGAUUUUUGUUGGAGAGAACUCGCAAUUCCAUGCCGACGCUGUCCACAUGACCACGAAAUUAGACCGGAGAUACUGUGCUCUAGUUGAGGUUCAGGCAUGCGGCUCACUUGUCACCGAGGAGCAGCCACACGCAAUGCUGAUACCAAUGGAAUACUUCUUGAUGGGAUACGGCCUCUACAGACCUUCCCCGCUCGACAGCAGCCCUCGGAGCACUCUAAACCCAUUCUGCAUAUCGCCGGAGCUCCUGUCACCAGAGAGCAUGGGGGUGAAGCUGAAGCCCAUCAAGACUCGGACCUCCCUCAAUGUUUAACAUAGGGGGGAAGAUCUUGCAUGGCCUAGCUCACAAAAGCAUAGAGUAUUUGAGCUAGAGCAUGGUCAUUUUCACAGAAGUUUUGAUGCAUUCCAGCACCCGGCACGUGAUGCUUAGAUCAACACGCUAGCGUCAGUUUUCGCUGUAGAUUGCUGUAAGCCUGUAAUCUACGUUUCUCGAAUAGGACCUAUAAUCUACGUCUCUGGGGAUAGGCAAGGGGGAGAGAGACUAGGGUAAGGUUAGAAGGGAGGAAUACGUACGUUUUUGUUUUGUUCAUAUGCUUUGUUUUAGUCCACAUGUGUAUAUGUCACCACAUCACAUUUCACACAGAAAAGGUAUAUAUAUAAUAUAUAUGGUAAAGCAGGACCCUGUUAUGGAGUCUC